AUGCCCCAACCUGGCAUCGAACCACUUGAUGAUACAGAUAUACCUUGUAGGCGUGUCGAAUUGCACAUAUCUGAGCCUAUCUGCCAUUCAAAACCAUCCACGGCUGGCAUGUCUACCGAUAUUGGAGCCGUAGUACUACAAGCCAAAAGUUUGAAUUUGCCUGUUCUUCCUGGAAAGUUGGAGAAAGUUGCAUUUCCCUCUGACGUGAAUACGAUAUCGGCCAACACUGCUGACCAAAUCAACAAGUUGAAUCCACCUUUUAAUCAAGAGCAAACACCUGCUGACAUAGCUCUGACCCCUUUACUCUCACAAAAAAAUCACUUGGGUUUCACCAAUACUAUUUCGAGUGCAGUAGAUACUACCACUCUACCAGUAUCUGUAGAAACACGUUUGCCUGUUCAAACUAUGCAGCAGCUGCAGCCAUCUGUUAAACUUUUACCAGUCAUAUUUGAUUCGGCUGUUAGACACGGACCAAUGGUUAAUUCUGACGCGUUGCUACAGUCAGCCAGUGCAACUCUCUGCUCAGAUCAACCGACAUCAACCAUCAUGCAUAAACCUUUAGCUUCAGAUGCCCCACUCUACACAGCUGAUACCACUCAUCAAAACUCAUCAGCACGUAUUAUACAUAUUCAAAUUCCAACUGCCACUGCUUUUGUUACUGAAUCUAUCGAAAUAUCCAAUACUACAUCAUAUCAUGAGCUUGUGUGUGUAUUGAUGGCAGCUGCUGGAAUAAGCGACUCUGAUAUUGACUUUUCAACUAAAAUUACCAAGGCUGGGGUAUGGCUUACGGAUACAAAUGGAAGACAUUUGGAAUUGGACGCUAAAGAAUUGAUUCAAAAUUCAAAAGAAACACCCUAUAUACUUCAAAUCGACCGACCUAAUGACACAUUUUUAGUUUCAAAAGAGCCUAUACACGCUGCUGAGCUUUCUAAAAUCAUUCAGCCAAUCACUGAUUUGGCUACCAAGUCAUCUGAUGUAGUUCGGCUUAGGAAUAGUCUGAAAAAACUUCGCAAAAAAAUGGAUAGAAUGGACGUAGACAAACUCAAUUUUGGGAAACCUUAUUCAAUGUUGACUAAACUCCCCAGCUCGCAUACAUCUACUAUGCCUAAUCCAAACUAUCCCAGUGACGCUCCUAGAUACAUCUUUACGGAACACACAAAGGAAUGGUUGAAAUCGCCCACAUUUGACAACUGGCAAUGGGAUGAUAACGAGUUGUUGGGACUGUUUGAGCUCAUGUUUGUAGAAAUGGGUUUGGUGGAAGAGUUUAAAAUCGAUCUGGGUGUUUUAAGACGGUUUUUAAGUGUGGUUCGCGAAAACUACAACAAUAAUCCGUUUCAUAACUUCAAGCACUCAUUCUGUGUGACUCAAAUGAUGUACGGAUUAAUCAAUGUCACUAAACUGAUUGACAAAUUAAAACCAGUUGAGAAAUUGAUUUUAACGGUGGCUUGUAUUGGCCAUGAUCUUGAUCAUCCUGGAUAUAACAACUCGUACCAAAUCAAUGCAAAAACUGAAAUGGCAAUUGUUUACAACGACAAUGCACCACUUGAAAUGCAUCAUGCGGCCUUUCUGUUUGGUAUAUUAAAACGGCCAGACUGCAAUAUAUUCGCUGGGUUUUCGGAUAGUGUGUACCGUGAAGCUCGUAGAGGAAUCAUUCGGUGUAUUUUGUCAACGGAUAUGGCCAAGCACGGUGAUUUACUUGCACAGUUUAAAAAGGUUUCCGACUCGUUUAAUUAUGACGAUGCCGAGAAUCGUGCUUUGCUUAUAUCAUUAGUGAUCAAAUGCGCCGAUAUUUCCAAUGAAGUACGUCCUCCCAGUGUCGCUGAGCCAUGGGUUAAUUGUCUCCUUGAAGAGUUUUUUUCCCAGUCUGAUCGUGAAAAGGCAGAUGGGUUACCCAAUGCACCAUUUAUGGAUAGAGAAAAGGUCACUAAACCCAGUGCACAGAUUGGAUUUAUUGCAUAUGUAAUGAUUCCCAUGUAUGAACUUGUUGGAAAAGUACUGCCAAAUAUGGACAAGCAUAUCUUGCAUCCUAUUAGAGCAUCACUCAAUUUUUACAAACAUCUUCUUGAAAAAGAAAAGGCAGAAAAAUAA